AUGGUCAAACUAAACUACUCGAAGGCGUCACGUUCCGGCAGUUGGAGGGCAACGAAUCAUCGAGAAAAGUGUUGUUGGGAAAACAGUGGUGCUGGAAGCGAAGUCCAGGAGCAGGUUUCGAUUCAAAGACGUGUAACACCAACUUGGUCUAUCCGCUGGUUCAUUGGGGAUUUCCGAAAAUUAGUUGAUCUUUAUCCCAGGGGAAGGUUUUUGAUGAGCAAUAAUUUCACGUUGGAAGAUGAAAUCACGAAAGGUACAGGAUACGAUUGUAGGAUCAGGUUAUUCCCAAAUGGAAACUGGCAAUACGUGAAACCAGGUUUCGUCUCGUUGUACCUUCAGGCAUCACCGAUAUUUGGAAGAGACGCGCCGCAGGGAAUCUUUCAUCGCCACAAGAUCAUAAAGAUGGAAAUUCUACGAUUCAAUCAGAAUUCAUAUGUUCCCAUUAAAUCCGUGCACCUCACUUUGGAUAACGCAGAGAAAAAUGGUCAAAAUUGUUAUGGAGUGUCCAAGUUCUGUCGGACGGAGUCUAUUCUUUUGUCUGCUCAGGAUUUUUCAUCGCCGAUCGAUAUUACCGUAAAGAUAACCAUAAUGGAUUCGCCUGUCAACGAAAUGGCACUGCUCGAACCUUUCUUGUACAACGACCGAUUUAGUGAUGUCGAGUUCCGAUUUGAAUGCAGAGGAAAGUUGAGGGCGCACAAAGUUAUUCUAGCAUCGCGAUCCAAGUAUUUUGAAAAGUUAUUCGACGAAAAUAAAUCAUCGAUCGUUGAGACGCUACAAGUCAAGGAUCGAAUGGGCAAAUUGUCUACUGACAAAAUUCGACGCAAGAUCACUGGAUUAUUGAACAAAUUAUUGUGGAGUAAUUUGGAUCACAUUACCAAACGGAUAACCGAUUUUGUCAACCUGUCGAAGGAUGAAAAUGAUGGGCACACCCUGAGGACCGUCAUCGCCAUCAUCUUUGAUCACGCCUGCCAAUGUUCCAAUUACAGCCAUCUGUAUGCAUACCUUUGUAGGAAUUUGAUGAAUGGGAUUGAUCAGAGCAUUGCCGAUAGGAAUGUCAAGAUGUCGGACGGUACGGUGGCAAGAGGACGCAACUUGUUUUUAAAGUGUUUGUACACCAAAUGUCAACUUGAAUUUGAGAAGGGAUGCAAUGUCGAUUUUUACAUUAAACGAGAUGAGAAUGGGGAGUCCACCGACGCGACGACAAACGAGCACUUUUUAGGACUUAAGGAGAGAAGACGUUGGAUCGGCCUCGCGAGAUUCUUUACCGAAUUGUUUAAGUGUAACAUAGUCACCGAGUCAAUGAUGCAUAGAUGCGUCAAGCAUUGUUUAAACAAGACAUGUCCGUAUUUCGAUCAGAUUGAAUUGUUGUGCGAAAUAUUGAGAACGGUGGGUAAAUUUAUGGACCACGAAAAGGCCAAAGCUCACAUGGACGCGUAUUUCGAAAGGAUAAUCUUUUUUGCGCAACAUCCGCAAUUGAAUGAAGCUUUACGUUCCAAGUUGAUGAAUAUUGUCGAGUUGAGGGAGAAUAAUUGGGUUUCUGUUAAUGAACAGUUAGAAUGCAAUGAACUUGACAAAAUGAUCGUUGAAAACAACAAGUCCCAACAGUCGCAAAAUCAAGAUAUCAGCUUUUAUCACAUUCGCGAUGUCGAUUACAAGACCUUCAAGAGGAUCUUGUACUAUAUCUAUACUGGCAGGGUGGAUUCAAAGCUAGAUAUUGAGAUUUUAAAGAGCUUCAUGUGA